AUAGAAGUCAGUCAGCAGGGUCUACAGCACUGACGCAGCAUCACGAUUCAGAGGAAACAACUUGCAGAGCCGAACAUAUUUGAAGACAGCUUUAUCAACGACGUCGAUCUUGCACAAUACAGCGGAACAUCAUUAAUAAUACGAAAAUAUGGCCGAUCCAAUGACCCAGUCUUCUCAGAUAUCGUCGUCUCAGGGGCUAAUAGACGGACAGAACUCGGGGACGUCUAAAGACUCGAAGUUGUCUGAUUCCUUUCUUUCCACUUCGCCUGUAUCUCUCAUUUCGUCACCUCAAGACAAAAGGGUGGUACCAGGCUCUGAAAUUUCCUCAGAAGGUGUGGCAGCCUCACGUCAAUUUUUUUCUCAGCCAAAUUCUUUUUCUUCAGCAACAUAUGGGAGUGAAGGGCCGUCUAAUGAUGUCACAGAUUGUACCUUCAAAAUCCAAGAGAAAAAAGAUUUCUCUGACUCAUUGCAUGGAUCUGUUAAUCAGGAUGAACUUCCAAUAAAGCCAUCCCCUGUGUCUGAGAGAAUUAAAGCACUAGAGGCUCUAGCUGCAAAGCAGAAUGAUCCUGAUUGGAGCAAUGGAAAUUUCCCCCAGUUUAAAGAACGACACUAUGAGAAGUCAGCCCAUGAGGCACCAACUAUCUCUUCACCCCUCCAGAACAGGCCGCCAUCAACUGAGCAGGACUCACCAGAAUCACCCUUUGAAGUCCUUGGUGAUACACGACGUGGGAGUGACUUUGAGGACACAGCAGACUGGAUGAGAGCUCACUUACCACCCGCGCCUGCCUUUCACCCUGAAGAUUCUGAUUUGGAAGAAAAUUCAGAUGCUCUUUUGAUACAGUGUGAUAGUCCAUCCAAAGAAAUUAGGACAGAAGUAAAAGACAUUCCAGAAGCUUUUGUUGGGGUCCCUGAUGCAUUCAUGGACAAUCCUGUUAAAAGUCGUCAACUAAAAGACAAUGGUGAAUCAUUAAAAGAAGACAGUGUAGAAGAGGAGUCAGAGUUUGACCUGCGCUUCCUGCCUACUGCUUACAUGUGGGACAAACAAGAAAGCUCUGAAACUGAGGCUCAGUGCCCACCAAAUCUUCAAGAAAUUUCAGAUUCUGAGCUCUCUGCCUCCCCCGCACCCCCUAUUGAAUUUGAUUCUUCAUCUCCCCCUUCUCCCCCUGGGUCACCACCCAGUGCUUCAGUGACCAAUCAGCUGUCUGCUCCCCUCGGGGGUGAGUCUAAGCCUACAGAAAUCCUUGAAAUUGACAGCUCUGGUGAGUCUGAAGACACCGUGAUAGAAGAUGGAAUUUGUGUCCGUACCCCAGCAGUGCCAGGGUGUGUUGCCCAAAUGUCUGAAGGAAAGGAGACCAAGCUGACAGGACAAGAGAUGCAGUGUAUCCAGGUGCCCAUCAUUAAUGUAAUUGAGACAGAUGAACAGGUACUUAGUGAUGAGGAAGAAGAAGAUGAUAAUGAGAAGUAUGAACGUUCAGAGGAAGUAAAAUCAGGAUCUGAGCCACCAGAGGUCCCUGAACCUGGCAAAGAAACCCCCUUUCAGCCCACACUUACAGGUUCUGAUAAUGAAUCCCACAUCAAAGAAGAAAAUGAUGAUGCUAAUGAAAGAUGUGUUAAGUCUCACCACUUUGUUUUGGGGACCAGUGAGGCACACUCUCUGGUGUCAUCUGCCUCUGAACCACCUAAGAAUGCUUCCUUUGACACAAAUGAGCCUUUAGACAUGGCUGAAGAAACAUUGUCUGGCUUCCCUGAAGAUUCCAGGGAUGUCUCUAAUGAAUCAGACCUGUGUGGUGUUGGCUCAUUUUUAAAUAAACAAACUGCUCAUCAAAAAAUCUUAGAGGAGAGCGCUAACUUUGGCAUUAUUCAUGAGUCCAAGGACAAAAAAGAUUGUACACUUUCUUGUGAUGAAUCUGUUAUUGAUGAAAGUAUUGAUGAAGUCAUGAUUGAUGAAAGCAAACUGAACUCUGACAGUCUCCCUGAACCCUCUACAGAAAUUCAGCUACAACCUCUCCACCCACAAAAUAGUGUAACUAGUGAUGAUGAUGAUGAUGAUGAUGAUGAUGGGGGAUUGGAGAGAGUGGCCAGUUUAGGACAUUUUUCUUUGGGAGAUGGGGAUGAUCCUUCCAACAACCAAACUGAGAAACAACCUUCCAUUCAAGAAUCCUUCCCUGCUUCUUCUCCAACUUUUGACAAAAAUGAGGAAAUGAUGGCUGAGCAGAUGGCAAAAGAUAUUAUUACUUCUGAGGAGAUGAUAAUGAAUAGCUGUAACCCAGAACAAGACCUUGCAGCAAUGACCCAACAAAACAUUCAAGGAAGGCAAUACUCAACUGAAACAUCCACUGAUCCUGAGAAUAUCAGCUCUGAAUUGGGCACGGCACCUACUGAUAGCUUUGUGGAAUUCAUGAGGGAAUGCCUAAAGUCACAACUGGAUGUCAAAUCUGAAGACCCAGGUGCAAGUUACACCACAAAGAGCACAUGCCCUGAAUCUAGUGCCCCUUCCACCAGCCAGCCUACCAUGGUUAUGGACCUUGAACAAGAGCACCUCACCAUCUGUGCACUGAAAGAGCUUGGCAGCAGUCAAGAAGAGGAUGAUAAUUCACCCAGGGUACAGACCUUGUACUCAUCAACACAGGAAAAGGAAACUGUAUCUAAAUCAGAAUCGUCUGUCACCUCAACAGUCACACCUCAGACUUCAAUCAAACAGCCAGAGGUUUCUUUUGCCACAGAUUUAGAGGCAGUUGAUGUUUGGGUGGCAGAAGCCUACCACCUUGCCGAACAUAUUUUGGCAGCGAUACUAACCCAUAUAUCAGUGACUGAUCUGGUACACUGGCGUGACCCUAAGAAGUCUGGCGUGGUGUUUGGUUUGUCCUUGUUGGUGUUGCUCUCAUUGGCAACAUUUAGCAUCAUCAGUGUGGUCUCCUACCUACUCCUGGCCCUGCUUUGUGUCACCAUCACCUUCCGAAUCUACAAGUCUGUCAUCCAGGCCGUACAGAAAUCCAGUGAGGGACAUCCCUUCAAAGCUCUGAUGGAGAAAGAUGUCACCGUGCCCCCAGAGACCUUCCGCAAGCACGUGGACGUUUGUCUGACCUACAUCAACCGAGGACUCAAACAGAUGAGCCGUCUGUUCCUCGUUGAGGAUCUGGUGGAUUCCCUGAAGCUGGCAGUGGUUAUGUGGCUGCUGACCUAUGUAGGAGCUGUUUUCAAUGGCAUUACCAUCCUCAUUCUGGCUGAUAUUCUUCUCUUCAGUGUCCCCCCUGUGUAUGAAAAGAACAAGACCCAGAUUGAUCAUUAUCUUGAAAUUGCAAGGACUCAGUUCAACAACACUAUUGCCAAGCUACAAGAGAAACUUCCUGGAGCUGUGAAGCGCAACAAGAUGGAAUAAUUACUCCAGUCUGAUCUCCUGACAGCCCCCUCCACCCUUUCAGCUUUUUCAGCUUUUCUCUUCCUACCCCCACAUCCAACCCACGGGCACACCCUUCAGUAAAUUAUCUACACUCAUCUAGCUAGGCUGAAUGUGGAGAAGCUUGAAAUUUUUCAGUGUUAAUCUUGCAGUUUAAUAUCAGAAUAGAAAAGAUACAAGAGCUUCACAGAUAGAUGUAAUACUGUAAUCCUGGUGCCUGGUUUUGUGCCCAUCAUGAUGCAGUACUAGACAGUUAGACUUCCUCUACAACCUGGCUUUGUAGUGUUGAUGGAUUACUGUUGAAAAUGAAGAUAAUUCAAAUGUCUGUAACCAGAAUUACUGUACAUUUCACUUAAAAACAGUUUUUGUCCCACAUUAAAACACUUAAAAUGUAUUAUCUUUCCAAUGCACUGACUACAUACACAAAGGAAGGUGGUGUAGAGUGAAAUAGGUGUUUGGUUUGGUGUAGUUUAGAUCUCCUUGGCUUUUUGGGAAACUUUUUCCAUUUGUGUACAUAGAAAGGUUACAGCAGGCUCUUCUUUACUGUGAAUAAGUGAUUCAUGUUGCUUUUUAUAUUUAAAAAUACCCUCUUGCAGCUUCUAAACUCAUUUUUGUUCUGUUUCAGAACAAAAGUCUGUAUAUUAUUAGGGUAUUUACAGGAGAUAUAAUGAUUAUUAUUAUUUUGAUGGCUGCUUUGACUUCCCAUUUAGUUGUUAACUUCAUAAAUGACUUAAAUUUUAACAUACAAGUGUCCAGAAGUAAAGGUAUGAUAUCCCUUGACUUCUGCCCCCCUGGAGGCAACAGCUGACAGCAAAUGGUUAGGUCUUGGAUAAGUCAGUGAUUUGUGACCUGUUUUGCCUUUUUUACUGCUUGGAAUAAGGCUAUGUUGGAUAAGGGGAAGCUCUCUGAAGCCCAGUAUAUGGGAGUUUCCAGAGACGGGUUAAAGACGGUCAGUGAGAGGAAAUUUUACUUUCGACCAGGUCUCACAGAAUUUAUAUGGCUGUUUGUUUGUUUGUUUGUUUUUUCUUUAAUGCUCUUAGGCACUUGCAGUUACUGAAAGUGUAGUAGAAUAUGUGAUAUGUAAUUUCUUAUUCAUUUAAGGAUCACAUAUUUUUCCUUUGUGCAUAUAUGGCCACAUUUAGAGAAUGGUAGGGUUCAGAAACAUCAUGAAGGAUGCUAUUCUUCAAAAAACAAAAAUUAGAUGAUAUAGUUUCAGUAAAUCUGCCUCCUAUUGGCAACCUCUUCAAACUUUACACUCUCUCUCUCUCUCUCCAGUGUAUUAGUUUGCAUUUUUGAUUCAGUGCUACAGUAAUAAUGGUUAGAGUAGUAAAAUAGCUAUCAUGUUCUUAAUUCGAAGAGGUAUAUUAGCCUUUAGAAACAUCAUUUAUGACUACUGUUACUACAUAAGAGUGUCAGCUGCUGUAUGUUACUUGGAAAGUAUUUAUAGCACAUUCCAGCUGAUGCAUGUGUUUGUUUUUCUUGACCAUUGAAACUAACUUAUUUGUGAUCAGAAUGGCCUCAGUAGACAUACACUAGAAGGUUAGUCUCGUAGACACACUGUUUGCAUAAGUAUAGGACCUGUUCUCCACUGAAAGUUGGACCUUCAAAGCGGAAUACUGGAUAUUUGUGUGUCAUUUUUUUUAAAGCAUGAAUAUAUCUGCACACAUUGAUAACAGUCACCUACAUUUGAGAGUACCUUUCUGUGUAAACCAGUACUCAGAAGUCAGAAUCUAAGUGCUUGAAAUAAGUUUUAAUUCUUUCAUUUAUGGGUAAGUAAAGAAAUACUACCUUUUUUUAGAUAAUUUCUUGUUUGCUUACUCUUUUCUUCUUUAAGUGUUUGAAAUACUAUUAGAAUAUCAAGAUGUUACUUAAUUCUCCUCUUCAAAACAAUGUUGCUGAUUCCUUUUUUCCCUGUCUCAGUUUCUCUCAUGGGAGAAGUCAUUUUACAUUUUUGCAUUCUCUGUUUGCUUUUCACUCUAAUUCUUGGUAAUUACAUGUGGAAAACUAACAUCUAAGAUCAGUUUGUUAGUUAUAAAUUCAGUUAUGUACAGGGGCUUCUGGAAAAAUACGAAUGAUGGGGGGAAAUUUUGGCCCUUGUACUGAUGUCAAGUGAAAUUAAUAAAAUAUAUCAGAUUA